AUGGCGAGACUUGAGAAACUUUUCAGUCACCUUGAAAAUAUCAAAGAGCAAUAUUUCCUAAAAAAUAGGAUUGCUGAGGAAAACAGACAGAGGGAGAAUGAGGCUGCAGUCAAAAUUCAGAGACGGUUCAGAGGAUGCCAGGUUAGAGCAUACCUCAGGCAUCUGCAUAAGAAUGCAACAUUGAUACAGAAAAUAUGGCGUGGAUUCACUGCAAGGGAGCUGUUCAGACAAAGGGUAAAUACAGCAUAUUUUAUCAUGAAGAUGAAUUUUUACAAUAAGAUGGCUGUCAAGAUACAGCAGAGAUGGCGGGGCUAUUAUGUUAGGAAGUAUGUACACAAUUAUUAUGCACGCAAGAGAUAUUUGGAGGGAGUGGCGAAGAAGAAUGAUCUAAUCAGGAGAGAUCUGGAGGAAUUUGCAGAGCUCCAGAAAAGAGAGCGAGAACGGAUCGCACUGGAGAAAGAGGAACAGGAGAAAAACAUCCAGGCUCAAAGACUCCACUUCCUCCUGAGUACUAAACAGUGUCCAGGGGUCUUCAACUCGCCCUUCAGGGCAGAACCAGAUGAGAUGGAGCUCAGACUGAGGAGAGUGAAACCGCGAUCGGCUCCUAAAGAGAGGAAGACCCCUAAAAUGACCCCUGAUCUCUCCAACCUGAUGCCAAACAGAGAACGUUUACCACCAAUACACAAAAAGCCACAGGGGCCCUUUCGCCCAGCUCUGGAGGUGCAGCAGCAGCGGCUUCGGCCCCUGGAGCCAAGCCUGCGCGUGGCUACAUCCAUCACUGCCCUGGAGGAGGCCAGAGAGGAGCUCAAACGGCAGGAGUGGAGGACUCGCGUCAUCGACCAGACUUUCCUUCCAUUUUCAAAUGCAAGCCAAAACAAGAGGUAUGAGAGCCUGAUUCACACCAUCACUCCCUUCGAGCAGGUGGCAUAUGGGACCAAGCACUUCCGAGAGGAGCCCAAGGAGUGCUGCCAAGGGAAAAAGCCCUUCAAGACGGUCUUCACCACCUGUCACGUCUUUGACAAGUUUGGACGACUCUACUCCAAUGCUGGUAAUAUUGUAUGAGAUAGCUGAGUGGAAAACAGACAAAAUCAGUAAAUAAAUGGAAAUUUUAUAUCCAAUUAUGCAGCAUUUAUUUGUCUGGUUCGGAAAGUGCGAAGGUGAGGUGAGGCGAAGAAAACAGUUGAUGUCGAAUUCUGCGAGAGCUUAAAAACAUCUUGUCCUCUUAACAUAAUUGCAUGCUUUUUGUAUUAUGUACAAUUGCUUUCUGCAGUCAAUACUUGUGGUGCUGAAGAAAUAAUUCACUCAAAGAACUCAAGAGCAACAAUUUUGAUCCUGGAAAAGAGACUAAUGAAAUUCCUCCAUUAGUUUACGCACUUCCAGAUGUCACAAGUGGAUUCUUACAUCACUUCCAUCAAUCAACAUAUACAGGCCGAGCAGGCAGCCACCUCAUCGCAUUGCUCCCGGAAUCAGGCCUUGUUUUGAAACAUUUCCCAUGCAUUGUUGCCACCGAAAAUAAAUGUUGUUUAAUUUCAGUGAGUGGGAAAAAGGUCAAGGCACCAAUCCAGUCCUCUGCUACAUAAGUUUCAUUUCCACAAAUAAUUCUGAGUGUGUUGUUCUAUUGUGUAUUUGUGUGUGUGUGUGUGUGUGUGUGGACGGGCCUACAACUGUACACAGCUCGCUGGCCGGCACUGCCACCAGCAUCCCUUUUGAUGAAUUUGAGGCACCGGCAGCAGUAAUUUGAAGAUGCAAGGGCUAUCACUUUGAUUGCUCCUGGUCUGUGGUAGUCCAUCACUUCACAAUAACUCACCCUGCUGCUGACACCUGCCUCCAAAAAAAAACGAUGCUUUUCCAUCAGGGCGAUUAGAAAAAGCCCUAGUUCCCUGAUCUGAUUAUUCCCUGUUUUUAUGCUAAAUUUGACCCCACACAAGAAAAACAGCAUCACACUUAUGGCUACUGGAUGCUCAGGCAUGCAGUGUUGUCCAGACUGACAUGCUUAGGCAUAGAAGAGAAGGAUGGCCUUUCUGAUGGUUCAUGAAAUAUGAUGAUGUAUUAUUCAGUUUUACUCACAUGGUAAAGUGAUGAUGUAGCACCUGGCUAAAAAAACAACAUACCUGACCAUGCCAAUGGGGGGGGAGAUGAUUGUGUAAUAUUUGAAGGAGUUUCAAAAGCACGCUUCUCCAUUUAUAACAACAUGACAAUGCAUACCAUGCCAUAUGAAUAUAAUGAAACUAAGUAGUAGAUAUUUUAACUAAAGAUAUUGUAUCUAUAUUCUAACACCAUAAAUCAAUAUUUUUUGUUACAUGUUUAACAUUGCAGUGAUAUUUUUCACAUUUUCAUAAAUUGCCCACCAUAAUUUUUCUCCAAACCCAUAUGAAUUUCUUUCUUCUGUGGAACACAAAAGGAGAUGUUAGGCAGAAUGUCUUGCUUUCAUUGUAAAUUAAGUGAAUGGUAAUAAGGCAGUCAU